AUGCAGGGCUGUGGGGGUGACGGGCAUAGGGCUGUGGGGGUGAUGGGCAUAGAUGAGUUGGUUGCUGAGGGUGAGCUGAUACGCUCACUAACGCACCCCAAUGUGCUGCGUGCGUAUGGGCUGUGCUCAGAGGGCCUUCAGAUAGCGGCAGGCCUGGAGUACCUGCACUCCACCUCCAUCAUCCACCGAGAUGUGGCCGUGCGCAAUGUGUUGCUACAGUCACCCACGGCACACAACUGCGCACCUCGUGCUAAGGUGGCAGAUUUAGGCCUUGCCAGACGGACCAACGCAAUACACUCAACAUAUGUGAAGACUUCACAAAUGCCACAACGACUGCCCGUAAGAUGGAUGGCCCCAGAGACGCUUGUGCGAUUAACAGCCAAUGAAAUGAGCGAUGUGUGGGCCUACGGCAUCGCUCUGUGGGAGACAGUUACAGACGGUGCAAUGCCCUACCCUCAACUGACAGACACAGAGGUGGUGGCUUAUCUCCGUCUCCCCACGCGAGAGGUUCUCACUCUCAUCGACCCCGUACUGGAAUGUCCCGGUAUUGUGUAUGAUGUCAUAGGCGCGUGCACCAGAAUAGACGCCGGUAUCCGACCCACAUUCACCACCGUUCAAGUGCUGGUAGCUGAAGUACUGGACAGUUUGGCAUGUCUAUUUGCAGCUGGUCCGUGUACUCUAGAAUUACGCGAAUUGACUCGAUAUUCUGCGAUGCUCAAGUCAAGUUUCACUUGGCUACAACCCGAAGUCGAAUCCGAAAUGAAGUCCGUUCUCGAAGAUAGAUCUCAAUUCCACUCAGCGCAGUCUAAAGUAGACGGUGAGAGUAAAACACUACACACAAUUGUAUCGAAACGAUCCAUAUACGUCGACGAUGAAAACUAUGUGGAUACGCCACAACCAGGCGGGGACGAGUAG